AUGUUGAGAAAUUCAAUUCUGGUUUGCCUAUGGCAAGCAGCGAAUUUCUAUUGCUGCGUUGCUACCAUCAAUUUGCCUCGAAAAGAAGGAUCGGCACAAGCCUUCGCAUCUUCGGCCGACGGGAAACUCAAGUUCACAAAGAUUGAUGCACCGGUGCUUGGUCCCGGAAACCCAGGCUCCGGAGCGACAUGGAACCUCACCAUGGACGACGGUACCACGGGUGCCAAGCAGACAAUCACGGGCUUUGGUGGCUCUGUUACUGAUGCAACUGUCGCUGCUUACAACAUGCUACCCGACGACAAGAAAGCCGAGCUACUCCGAAAAUUGAUGACAGGAGACGGUGCCAACUUUAGCCUCAUCCGCCAUUCAAUAGGAUCUUCGGAUCUCUCGCCGGCCCCUGAGUACACCUAUGCUGACAAUAACGGCCAAGAAGAUCUCGAGCUGCGAAGCUUUCAGCUCGGAAAAAGUGGAACGGCCAUGGUAUCCAUGCUCAAGGAGAUGAAGGCUUUGCAGCCAUCAAUGAUCCUUAUUGGAACUUCGUGGGCACCGCCGGCAUGGAUGCAGCUAGAUCGGAAACUGGUCGGGACGACCGAGAAGAACAACCUUGACCACAAAUACGAGGCCCAGUUUGGUCAAUUGUUUGUCAAAUACUUGCAAGCAUACAAAAACGGUGGCGUGGAUGUCGAUGCCAUUACAAUCCAAAACGAACCCCUCAACAGCAAUGCCGGCAUGCCCAGUCUUUAUGUCUUUCCCGAAGAAUCUGGAAAGCUGAUCAAGGACCAGGUCGGCCCCGCAAUCCGCAAGGGCGGCUUCAACACUCAGGUGUGGGCAUAUGACCACAACACCGACAGGCCAGACUACCCCCAGACGGUACUCGACAUUGCCCGCGAGUUUGUCCCUGCUGUUGCGUGGCACUGCUACGCGCCCGGCGAGAACUGGUCUGCACUUACAACCUUUCACAAGCGCAACCCCUCCGUCAAGCAAUUUCAGACCGAGUGCUGGACGUCUGCGAAGCAAACAAAAUGGAACCAGGCCUCCUGGUUCACCAUGGGCCCGCUGCAGAACUGGGCAUCAGGCUCCAUGGCGUGGACGCUUGGCACAGACAACCAGGACGGCCCUCACCUGCCCUUUGAAGGAUCUUGCGGAACUUGCACGGGCUUGUUCACAGUAGACAAGAACUCGAAAACCUACAGCCUCAGAACGGACUACUACAUGAUUGGGCAAUACAGCCGAUAUAUUCCAAGGAAUGCCGUGGUACAUGUCGUUACAGGCAGCUACAGCUGGCCUGAUGACACUGGGGUGGAGAGCGUGGCGACCGUCAACCCGGACGGCACUCGAACAGUGGUGAUCGAGAACAAGCUGAAGAACGACGUUCAUAUCACGCUCAAAACUGCGAAAAGCAGUCAGGUCUGGAGUGGAAAAGUUUCGGCGAAAAGUUAUAAAUACGAUACGGAUGUGGUAGCUACUUGGCUGGCCACGACAGCCAGGAAUCUGGGGUACAUAGCGGGCCAAUCGAGGCGCGUUAGCUUUCCAUCAUCGUUUGCCACGGCCAUCGACCGUGCCGUGCAUGCGCGGUCGGGCUUCCAGACUCUGCUCAGCAAAAAUGGUCACAUUACUGACGAGGCUGCCGAUUCACGUCAUUCCCAUUUUGCCGACAUCCUCGACGCUGUGCGCGAGUUACUGCGACCGUUGAUUUCGCCCUCCGUACAUGUCAUGACUGGCCCUUGCCGCAGUCUAAGCAGCAAGAAACUAUGCUACUCUAAUUCUUUCACACCCCUCACCGUUUACGACACCCCGGACGUUGAUGAAACGGCCGACGGCAACAUAGUAGCUCAGCCAGUAUACGAGGCGGAGCGUCAGGACACUUUUGAAGACGCAUGCUGGGCAUUUUCCAUUCUUUUGCAUGACUUUAUCGCACUAAGGAUGCAAGUAAAAAAUCUGUGGGAGAGGUAUGCUCGCGGCGAGUUGCACCUGGGCAGCGUGGCGAUCGCGACGAAUGUAGCGAUCCAGAUUGCUCGGAGCUUGGAGGAGGACGUCGAGCAUUUAUUCGCUGCUCAUGGUGGCGUCCAUGUAAUUCAGAAGCAGUGGUAUGAGAUUCUAUGCGACGAAGCCGGUCGUGAUCCGAGGCCGGAGCCGGGCGAGGUGCUCAACUGGGAGGCAUACCACCUUGCAGAUCAUUGCUUCAUCCCGGCGAAUUUGAUUGUUGCAGCAUUCUCUGACGCUUAUGCUCUGGGAAAGAUGCAUAAUUAUAAUGGAGACCAUGGCUGGUAUGACGAACUCGUGGCGGCAGCAGCAAAUGAUUCCAAAACACAGUUCAUGCAAGGUAAAGCGGCUCUUUCAGAGAUACUGAUGGAGACCAAGCUCGUAUUUCAGGUCCUGUCCGAGAAGGAAACGGUCCAUUGCCGAGACGAAUUCAGCCUGGCAAUUUUGGCAAUGUUGGAUUGCACUCGACCAAGCACCAUUGAUGCUACGGUGGAGUUUCGUGGAGAAAUGCGCAUCCACAGCUGGCUAGCGGAAGACGAGAUUGUUCUUCAACGCCUUGCCGCUCUGUGCCAUAUCUGGAGAAGCGACCCGACGGCGAGGUUCAAGAGAAAGCAUCGCAUCCGCAUGAGACCAAACGUGUUUCUCAAACGCCACCAUCUCUUCUGUGGCACUUGGCUCAAUUCACAACUUGCGGAUUUUCAUUUUGUCGGAGUGGCCUACGCCAGCGCUUGGGGGUCGCUAGCUUACAUGGCACAAUUGGUGCAUGCGCUCGAAGCGGAAGGUCUGCUGCCCGCCGACAAGCGCUGGGAAGAUCUAGACGCGGCGAGACACUUACAACCUCGCAGCUCGUUCUUUGUGGGCAGUCCUCCGAGAGACGUCGAGGCGCACUUUCGCAACCACGCCCUCAUGAUGGGCUGCUCGCUCACCAACUUUGCACGCAACAGGCGGGCCAAGAAGACGGAUCUCCGCAGCAAAGGCUCGCCGCGGGGUCUGAGGAUCGGGGCGCCAAUCACGAGGUUCACGGGGGAUUUGUUCCGCGGCAUCGGCGCUCGCGGUGGUUUGUCGGUCGAGCAGGUGGAGCAGAUACUGUCCAAAGGCGCGGACAGGGCCAAGUCGGGGACGGACGGUCAGAGACAGCAGCCGAAAGAUGGCGACGGCUCGUGUAAGCCCGCGACUCUGGUUCUGCACCUCGCCAUGGCGCUCGAGGCCGAGAUACCCGAGGCCACGCUCAACUAUUUUACAGUGUACCGGACGACGUGGCAGGCGCUGCGCGAUCUCUGGGACGACAAUGCCCUGUAUUUUGACAAGGUCUUUGGGGAGCUCGAGGUGCUGAGGGACAAGUCGCGCGGUCCAUCGCUUGUGACUUUUAUUCUGAUGGCGGCGACGGGGAGGAACGACUGGGUCGCCCUCGGUCGGGACCUCAAGCUCCCGCUGGAGCUUUCGGCCCAGUCUGUCAGGAAGAUGCUGGACAAAGGAGUUGGUGGGCUCGCUACGGCAGAACUGGAAAGGCUGGGAAUUAAGAUCGAUGGGCUGCGAAAAGCCUAA